AUGUUCCGUUCAAUUGCCGGUGUCCUGAUCGUGGCCCUGUCGCUGCUGCACCAGGCCGCGUUCGCUAUCGAUGUCUCGCAGGACAAGAACGUACGCGUGGAAUUCACCAGCAACGAUGCCGUCCAACAAACGAAAUCGGUGGGUCCCUAUCCUGAGGAACGCGGACCAAUAUUCAUCGGGGAUCUGAUCGCCGGCCAGCGCUACGCAGACGAAACAGUUUUUCGCCGGGUAAUCGAAUUCAAUAACCCGACCAACACGAUUCAGGGCACAACGUUGGACGUGUCCGUCUCCAGCGGGGCGAUUCAUUACAUCAGCACCCGGAACGUACAGGGCAGUCAAGCAGUUGUCUGUGGCAAUUCAAACGUUCUAGGGGCGAGCAAAACCAGCAUUAGUCUUCGAGUGCCGCCAAAUUCCUUGGCCACUUUGAACAUGGUUGUUGCGGCGCAUGAUCGUAAUCGCAAGUUUUAG